AUGGCUGCGACGUCGGUUCACCCGCCGAGCACCAGACACGCAACGACAAUACUAUCCGCCGAAACAGCAGAGUUAUCAGUAAGCACUUUCCUCAGUGGUGCUAGUAGUACUAUGGACGCAAUCAGCAAUAUGGAUGAAACCAUUGAAACCACGGAAACGAUCAAUGCGAUUGGUUUGAUUGGUCCGAGUGCUGCUGCUACGGACUCUCCACCGCCGCGGGUCAUCACCCCUCCGCUCCAUGAAGAGACACCCCGGAGUGGCGGAAAGUCCGAGCCAAAGGCGGAAAAACGGCGUGCGCGGAGCGGCGGAAGCUCCGCCGCAAGCUCUUCCCCCUGCGCCAGUUUGCGAGCGGGGGGGAAGCUCUCCCCGCGCUCCCUGGCGGAGGAGCUGGAGCUGGAGGCGCUGCAGGGGAAGCUUCGUAUUCUGGAUACGCAGCGAGAGCUGAGCGCCGUCCGAUGCCAGGAGUUCGUGUACUUGAUCGAACGGUCCUGGUCGUCCAUGGAGGGAUGCAAUCUGGACGAAUCUGCAGUCGGUACUUCUACCUGCGCAGCAGGUUCAAAAAUUUGUGGAUCUGAACUUCUCAAAUCGGAGCUUCGGAAACCCGAGUCUGGCCGGUUCGCGGACGCACCUGAAGAGAACCCUGCCUCAGCGACAGCAUCAACGGCAGCGACGGCAACGGCGGGAACGGCAGCAGCAACGGAAGAAAUCGGGCUGAGCCAGCGCGAGACACGUGACUUGUACCGCCUAAGGCGGAAGUACCACGACAAAUCGCGAAGCGACUUCUGGGGUUUCCGAUGGGGCAGCGAAAAGCAUUCCGCAAAAUCUGGUAGCAACAAAAGCGGACCGUCAAUCGGCGGCAGGACGCUGGAUCCAACUGCAUCGACGCGGAAAGACCUCGGAACGGAGACGACAACAGGUAGAUCGGCAAUUCCUAGGUCGAAAUCUGCCGCGUGCUGUUCUAGCAUGCACUGCAGCGGAAGCGGAAGGUGUGCGGCUUUUUCGGGGCCUUGCAAGUCAUCUGAUAGCGGCCCGAGUGGGAGCAGCAGCAGCAGCGCCGCGGUUGGAAGAUCAGCGUUCGUUCCGAGCUUGCGAGAUGACCUAAGCUUCUAUGACAAACCCCGUUCCGCUGCAGCCUACCCUGCUAAUACUAAUAAGCGUUGGUCGCGCCGCACUUCGCCUAAAUGCGGGUCCCGAAGCGCCGAGUUCCCCCUGCAGUCUACGUGCGAAUCAACGGUUCUCGAUCCUUUGUGCGAAUCAACGGCUCUCGAGUCACCGCAGGGUGGUUUGGACUUGCGGCAAGCGGGAUCGCCGCGGAAAGGGUCACCGCAGGGCGGGUUGGCGACUGCCGUAUGGGAUGAAGUAAGCAAGAGGAGUUCUCGCGAUGUGAAGCUGGAAGCUGUGCGAAAUGUAUCUGGUUACCGUGAGCGAAGGAUGGCAAGAUCGCUGCGGCGCCAUGUCAGCGUGAACAGCAGCCUCGACAAAUUCGCUACGGCAUGGUGA